CUCUUAGGAUGUCUGCUAUUCCAGUCUUGGCGGAUCCCAGCAGAGAGACACUGCUGAACCCUGCAUGGCCGAGGAUGCAUCGGAGUAUCUUGCCUCUUUCAGAAAAUCGGUUUCCUCCCUAGUGCCCUCUUCUUUCUUCUUCCAGCUAUUCAAACGCAAAACUGAGCUCCUCUCCUAUUUGAUCCUGUGUAUUGUGAAAAUGCCAUUCAUCCCACCUGUGUCAAUUGCACGCUCUGUGUCAGGACUGACUGGGAGGGAGAGACCUCUCAACAACACUUCAUCUACACCUGCUGUGGCUAAGACGAAGGUCCAAAGGGACGACAAAGGCAGCUCAGUGAAGGAGCGGCUGGCUUCAAACCUCAAGCAGCUGGGGAAGAAAAGCCAACCCAGGAGUCAUCUGCCAACCGCCAAAGGAGUGUCGGGGGCAGAGCUGCAUGCUAAGAGAAAGGACAGAUUGUUGCCUUCGUCACAGACGGACAGCUUCCCUGCGUCCAGCUCAGGCGAGUCCCUGUCUAAGACAGAGCGGUACAUACAUGCAAGCCAGAGCUCUGUAAAGAGUGAACCUGAGGUGAAGACAAGGGGCAGGAAUCAGGAGGAGGCCCGUUUCACGCUGACUCUCACACCUGAGGCUGUUCUGCUGCUACAGCGGAGGAACAACGAGAGACGUCAAAACUCAGCAUCCAGGAGUGCAGGAAGCGGAGGUGGUGUUUCUAGAAGCACCUCAGAUUCCAGACGUAGGAGGGAGAACGUCUCUAAAAGGCAUCAGGCAGCAGCACAGAGACACAGCACUCCAAACAGCAGAGUCCCAGCUAAGAACAACAGCGAUGAUGAACUGAGAGACAUAAGCUCGAUUAUGAAAAUCUCUCUUCUGAACGAGCAACAUAAGUAUGAUGAUGUGGAGUACGAGGAAGAGGAGGACUACGUUGUGGACGAGCGCGUGGUGCUGAAAUGUACAGAGUGGCUCCGUGGGUUGGAAAACACACCUGUGACAGUGGGAAACGGCCUGAAAGCAGUGUGAAAAGGCGAAAUCAGAAGGUCUGCCUAACUGAGGUCAACCUGAGACUGACCUGCACUUUCUGUCUAUGUGUUACUGGUGCUCUGUGCUUCUCUUCUGUAUGCCUUGAGGAUAAGUUAGAAAGCGGAUUUUACUGGCCACAAUCCUGUGAAGAUAUUAAUCCAUUGUGACAGUGUUGAAGUUUUUAUCAAAACUGACAGAAAGUUUUGGCAAGUUCAUGAAAUGUUCUGUUCCACCCAUCUUCUUCAGUGUCCAGAGGAUAAACUGAUUACAUAUAAUACACUACAUUACAUAUAAUGGGAAAGACAACUCCUCACUGACUGUGUUGCAAAAACGAAGGUUAGAUUGUAGCGUCAGAUACUGAGCAGCGCACCUACAGUCGGCAACACUGCCUUAAGUCAGGGUCUCCAUGGAGAGAAGGAAUUGUGGCAUCAACUUUUAACAGCCUCCCUAUGCACUUCGUUUACCUGUUGUAAAGAUGGGCACUGUUAACCUCUUCAGCUCCAAUGAUACUUUCUAUGGGUCAGACUCAUGCCGUGCAGCUAUUGUUAUUCAAACCCAAAACAGAUUAUAAGUUUUAACUGCAGCCCUUGCAUUUCUGAAGAUUCCAAAUGUGGUUAUAUAAAGAAAUUUAUAUAAAAUUCUGUAUAUAUAUGAAUAUUGACAUUUAAUGAAACGAUGCAGCCAUAAAAGUCAUGAAAUCUUGGGUAUGAAUAUUUCACUCAGUGUAAACAUCAUAAUGCUUCAAGAAACAGCACAGCUGGUACAAGAUGGUACAGAAUGUGUUUGUGAUACUGUCGGACAGAGUGGAAUAAAAUAAUUUUCCAGCUGUCAAGCUAAUAAAAGGAAA